AUGGCACGCUUCACCAGCGUUGUUCUGGUUCUAAUGGCUGCUCUUUUGGUGGCCUCAACAGGGGCACAAUCCCAUACAUCAUCACCAUCCAAGUCCCCUGCGGCGACUCCAUUGAGCAGUCCACCUAAGGCUGCAUCUUCUCCCUUUCCAUUGACCACCCCACCUGAUGCAUCUCCUUCUCCAUCGAGCACAACACCAACAACCUCCCCCUCUUCAUCCAGCACUUCACCAGCAAAUGCUCCUUCUCCACCUGCUGCCACUCCUUCUCCGUCGAGCACUCCACCAACAACCGCUCCCUACUCAUCCAGCACAUCAUCAGAAAAUGCUCCUUCUACAGCCCCCAUCGCCGACUCUCCACCUUCUCUUCCCUCAUCUACCCAUGUACUAUCUCCGGAGAUUUCUCCCUCUUCAGUCAAUGGAGAGGCUCCUGCACCCGCCCCUGGCGGUGCCGUUGUGAAUAGAUUUGCCAUUGCCGGAUCUCUGGCCGUUGGGGUUUUGGCUGCUAGAGCCUUGGUCAUGUAA